AUGGCAUCGACAUUUUCCAAAGAGCUUCCAGCAUCGGGUUCUGGGCCUCAGAAUGACGAUCAUCAUCACAAAGACGGUUCUGUGGUGACAACCCUUGCUGAGCCAGAGGAGCAACGCGAGUCCCUGUCGCUGUUCGCUGCACUUUUCUUGCGGAAACGGAAAGUCGACCCAGACUCUAUUGCAACAGUUCGAAGUGUGUUCGAUGAUCCUCUGUUGGCGCAAUUUUACCAACCCCGUCCGGACUACGAGAAUAUUCACAGAUUCGAUCCGGAAGAAAGAUGGACUCACCGUGAAGAACUCUCGGUACGCCACAAGACCGAUUGGAGGAUUUUCUUGUGGAUUCUUGUCAUGUUUUUUGGACUCAAUCUCGAUCGAGGAAAUCUAGGCAAUGCCGCGGCUGAUAACCUGCUCGACGAUCUGAAGAUCACCACCAACGACUAUAACAACGCGCAAAACAUGUAUCGUAUCGGCUUUCUCAUUGCUGAGGUACCGUCUCAGAUGCUUGGAAAGAGAUUGGGCCCAGACCGCUGGAUUCCCUUUCAGAUCAUCUUGUGGAGUUUAGCAUCCGGAGGCCAGUUCUUUAUGCAGAAUCGCGCUGGCUUCUUCGCAUGUCGCUUCUUCAUUGGCCUGUUCAUGGGUGGCUUCAUCCCAGAUGCAGUCCUGUACCUUUCCUACUUCUAUACCAAGUCUGAGAUGCCAUUCCGUCUUGCAUUGUUUUGGUUCGUUGAUUCCAUGUCAGGUGUUGUCGCCUCAUUCAUCGCCUAUGGUGUUCUGCACAUGCGCGGUGUGGACGGCCGCGAAGGUUGGCGAUGGCUGUUUCUCAUCGAGGCACUCAUUAGUCUCGUGAUAGGAUUCCUCAGUUUCUUAUUCUUAGUACCGGGCCCUACCCAGACAAAGACUUGGUGGAACCCUAAGGGAUACUUCACCGAAAAAGAAGAAAAGAUCAUUGUGAAUCGGGUGUUGCGAGAUGAUCCAUCCAAGGGCGACAUGCACAAUCGCCAGGCCCUUUCCCUCAGCAUGUUGUGGCAGAGCUUGAUGGACUACGACUUAUGGCCGAUUUACAUCAUUGGAAUGCUUUUCGAAAUACCCACAGCGCCACCGAAAACUUAUCUGACGCUUUCACUGAAAUCGAUUGGAUUUAGCACCUUCCACACCACCUUGUUGACAAUUCCUGUCACUGUUUUCGCCUCCAUCAAUUUGGUGCUUGUGACCGAGUUGACCGAGCGUUUGCAGGAAAUCUCCAUUGUCGGUCUUCUCACUCAGGUCUGGAAUCUCCCACUUCUCAUCGUCCUUUACACAUCAGCUGGAUCGCUAUCAAGCUGGGGUUUGUAUGCAGCUAGUUUCAUACUACUGGGCUGGCCCAACCCGCAUGCAGCACAUGUUGGCUGGUGCUCACGCCUCAGUAAUACUGUGCGAACUCGAAGUAUUAGUGCGGCGCUCUACAAUGUGACCAUCCAACUUUCUGGGAUUGCAUCCUCGAAUAUCUACCGCAGUGAUGAUAAGCCAUUGUACCGCCGUGGAAACUCACAACUCAUCGCUAUCAACGUCACUACUAUGGUUGCCUAUGUUCUGGCAAAGGUAUACUACGUGCGCAGGAACCAAUGGAAGAAAGCUCAAUGGGAUAAAUUGACACCAGAGGAGAAGGCAACUUAUCUGAGCACCACUACUGAUCAAGGAAAUAAGCGAUUGGACUUCCAAUUCCAUAGUUGA